CUCCCCCCCUUGUCCCUCUCACUCUCAGCCUACAGCUCUAGCCGACUGACACAGAGCUUUAGAUAGAAAAGAGAGAGCAGCAAUAAAGAGACCGAGUAGGAAAUGGCAGAGCUCGGCGCGGUCAGCCUGCCGUUGGGAGAGCCAGCGCUGAACUACCAGGAGCAGGAGCUGAGCGAGCGGCUGAAGCGGCUGUACCCGGCGGUGAGCGAGGACGAGACCCCGCUGCCCCGCUCCUGGAGCCCCAAGGAUAAAUACAGCUACAUCGGGCUGUCACAGAACAACCUGCGGGUCCAUUACAAAGGCCAUGGAAAGAACCAUAAAGAUGCAGCUUCAGUGCGAGCCACACACCCAAUCCCUGCUGCCUGUGGGAUCUACUACUUCGAAGUGAAGAUUGUCAGUAAAGGUCGAGAUGGGUACAUGGGCAUUGGCCUGUCUGCCCAGGGAGUCAACAUGAACAGACUGCCUGGAUGGGACAAACAUUCAUACGGCUACCAUGGAGACGACGGCCACUCCUUCUGCUCUUCUGGGACGGGCCAGCCAUACGGGCCCACCUUCACCACAGGAGACGUGAUUGGUUGCUGUGUCAACCUCAUCAACAACACUUGCUUUUACACAAAAAAUGGCAUCAGUUUAGGUGUUGCCUUCACAGACCUCCCUCCCAAUCUGUACCCGACGGUAGGGCUCCAGACGCCUGGUGAGAUCGUAGACGCCAACUUCGGCCAGCAGCCGUUUGUCUUUGACAUUGAGGACUACAUGAGCGAGUGGCGGGCCAAGAUCCACGGGAUGAUCGCACGCUACCCCAUCGGCGAGCGCAUGGGCGAGUGGCAGGCUGUCCUGCAGAACAUGGUGUCCAGCUACCUGGUGCAUCAUGGGUACUGUGCCACGGCAACAGCCUUUGCCAGAGCCACAGAGACCAUGAUACAAGAGGACCAGACAUCUAUAAAGAACAGACAAAGAAUACAGAAGCUCGUGUUGGCAGGACGGGUGGGCGAAGCCAUAGAAACCACUCAGCAGGUUUAUCCCGGCCUGUUAGAACGCAACCCAAACCUCCUAUUCAUGUUGAAAUGUCGUCAGUUCGUGGAGAUGGUGAACGGUACGGACAGCGAGGUUCGCUGCCUGACCGUCCGCUCCCCCAAGUCCCAGGACAGUUACCCCGGCUCCCCCAGCCUCAGCCCGCGCCACGCAGCCAGCAACACACACCUGCACAGCGGAGCAGGAGCAGACAGCCCCACCUGCAGUAACGGCGUGACUCCCCCCAUCAAGUCGAAGAACCUCGCUGGCAAAUACCCCAGCGCCUCCUCCUCUGCCUCCUCCUCCACCUCCUCCUCCCCCUCCUCCAUCAACUACUCUGAGUCCAACUCCUCAGACUCCAGCAAGAGCCAGCCUCACAGCAACAACAGCACGCAGGAAACCAGUGACAGUGAGAUGGAGAUCGAGGCGGAGCACUACACCAACGGCGUCGUUGAAGGAUCCUCAGCACGAAUCAUGAACGGCACAUACAAACAUGAAGAGAUUCUUCAGCCAGAUGAAAACAGCAUCGGCAACGGGAUCACAGAGGACGGCUGCAGUAACGGCAGACAGCUCUGUGGUGGGAACCAGGCGGCCACCGAGAGGAUGAUCCAGUUCGGACGGGAACUGCAGGCGCUCAAUGAACAGCUGUGCCGAGAGUACGGCAAGAAUGCCACGCACAAGAAGAUGUUACAGGAUGCCUUCAGCCUGCUAGCGUACUCGGAUCCAUGGAACUGCCCAGUGGGCCAGCAGUUAGACCCGACUCAGAGAGAAUCGCUCUGCUCCGCACUCAACAGCGCCAUACUGGAGUCCCAGAACCUGCCCAAGCAGCCGCCGCUGAUGCUGGCGCUCGGCCAGGCCACAGAGUGCAUUCAGCUCAUGGCUCGGGUCCAGUCCGGCUCCUGCUCCUUCGCCAGAAUAGACAACUUUUUGCACUAGCCCCGGCUCAGGUUAAUGUUAAGUAGCACUGAGAGAAGGCAUGUCCAGCUGGUAGUUGUCAUGGCGAUGGAGGAACGAGCACACGCGCGAUUGGUGCGUUUGGCUGGUGGCUCAGACGGAGGAGCAGAGAAGAGAAGCAAGAGGGAGGGAGGCUUCCUUUUUAAUUUGGUAUUAUCAAAUAAAGAGAUGUGUGACACUAUUUAAAGAUAAUUAAUUAUUAUUUUUCUGUUUUUAUAGCCUUUUGUUUUUGUUUUUUUUAGAUUGUUUUUUAUUUCCUUGGUCAGUUUGUUGUGCUCAUCCCGGACAAAACGCAUUUAAAUUCCUUCUUUUUUUUAUUCUUUGAUUUUCUUUUUUUUUUUAUGGCUGGACUUUCCUAUAAGCAGUAUUUCACUCACUCUUGUUUCUUGUUCACCAUAUCACAAAACACACCAUACCCAUAAGCCGGUUUCCAUGGUAACCCGAGCACCUGUAGCCCAUCUCAAGAAAAACCUGAGUGGUAUUACUUUAUUUUUAAUAAGACGGAGGACGCGGAAUAUGCACUCGGAGGCGCUUGGUGGUUCGGAAGUACAGAAGCGGUUGUGCUCAGCGUGAAAAAACGCCCCCCAUUAUUCGGAGCAGCUCAUUAACUCUUAUGUGAGGUGACUACACGUGUCACAUUACUCCAGGAAGCUGGAAUGAAAAAUUCCACACCUUUUUCCUUCCACAGUAGCAUGAUUGGACAGGUUAGUUGCCAAAGAACAGGAUGCAUCCUGAAAAAGAGGUAUUCUAGUGUUAUGG